AUGAACUUCAGGGAACAUAGUGGCAAUGGAAUCAACGACUCUCCAGCCCUUGUAGCAGCAGAUGUUGGCCUGACAAUUGAAGCUGGAACGGACAUAGCCAUCGAGGCAGCAGACAUUGUUCUGAUGAAAAGCAACAUAGAAGAUGUUAUCCGCCUGAACUACAUCUGGGCUUUGGGCUACAAUGUUCUGGGCAUCCCACUUGCUGCAGGAGUUCUUUUCCCAUUCACUAGAUUCCGGUUGCCUCCGUGGAUAGCUGGAGCGGCAAUGGCAGCCUCUUCUGUAAGCGUUGUUUGUUGCUCUCUGUUGUUGAAGUACUACAGACGCCCUAGAAAGCUCGACAGUCUCGAGAUUGGGGAAAUACAAGUCCAGUGA